AUGGAUUUCUUGCUCGAAGUGCCCAUGGACGACGCCCUGACGCAGCUGCUGAACCAAGUGCCUCAGCUCAGCGACCGUCAGCUGGACCGCCUCUUCUGUCGCCUCAACGCGGAGCGUCUGGCGCGACAGGAAGAAAAGGAGGCGCCCAAGGACGAGGCGGUGCCGGAGGUGAGCAUCAGCUUGCAGACUCUCAGCGGCCAGGUCUUUCCGCUGCAGAUCUCCGGCGCCGCGAGUUUGGAGCAGCUGAAGCGGGCCGCCUCGGAGGUGGUGGGGCAGAACGCGGAUAUGAUCGACCUGGUGAGCGACAGUCACAAGCUCACGAGCGUGGACUUCGUGGGCUGUGUGAACCUUCAGAGCCCUUUGCUGUUGAUUCAGCGGCGCCGCCAGGUGAGUGUCUGCCCGCACGGCCGGCACGGCCGUUCGGGGGUCUUCGUUGGAUCCUCUUCCCGCAUGGAGUUUCUGCUGGUGGCCAGUAUGGGCUUUCAAGUGGAGGACGAGGAGGUGGUCCUGGACCUCGCGUCCGCGGAGUUCCGCAUCUGGAGCCCCUUUCGCUGCGUGCUGGCGGCCAGCUUGGUGGCCGGCCUGGGCGGCAUGCCGGUCUGCCCGAAGGCGCGGGUGCUUUGUGUGGACUUCCCCGCCCUGGAGGUCUCCUUCGUGGCGGAGAUUGUGGGCCCAGAGGGCGAAGUGAUCUGCGCGCUGCCGGAAUCGGCGCCCCUGGAGAGCGGCACCAAAUUGGCUCAGUGGCCGAAUGUGAAAAGAGUUGAAAGAGAUUUCAGUGAUGCGGGUGUCGCCGAUGCGCUGAUGCUGUCCACCACGUAUUCUGCCGUCGCAAACGACGAGCUCCUUCUCCGACUGCAGCAGUGUCGGCCAGGUUUGGGCAGACCUGGCAAAACUGGACAUGUGAUGGUGCACAUCAAUGCGGAGGGGAGUCCCAAUCCACAGGAAGCUGUGUUCGCCCAGUGCGUGUCGUGUAUACGUCAGGCGGGUUUCAAGCCAUUGGAGCAGCUCUCCCUGGAGCCCUUCUCCCACUCCACGGCGGUGAUCCUGGCGCGGCUCCCGGACAAGCGCCCCGCGGCCAUGGCCCUGGGAGGCGACAGCGAAGAAGGACCGCGGACCUCGGAAAAAGCGCACUACGUCCUGAAGCCAGAGAGAUGGAGCACCAUCUCCCUGGAGGGUCGCCAGUUUGUGAAGUCCGUGCUGGAGGUGGACCCCAACAAGCGGCUCACGGCAGCGCAGGCUUUGCAGCAUACCUGGAUCAAGAACAGGGCUGAAGUGGCCUCGGACAUGGUGGACAAGGGCGUGGUCGACGCCCUGCGGGCCUUUGGAAAAGUCUCGAAGUUCCGCCGAUGUUGCAUGGAGAUGAUGGCAUGGUCGUUGUCCAACGAGGAGAGAGCGCAGGUUACCGAAGACUUCUUGGCCCUCGAUCGAUCACAGCAGGGGACCAUCAAGAUGGGAGACCUGAAGCAGGUCCUGGCCGGCAAGUUCAACAUCUCCAACGAGGAGACUCGGUUGAUCUUCGACGCGCUGGACUCCAACCAUGACGAGGAGAUCCACUACUCCGAUUUUCUGGCCGCCAUGGUCAACACCCGCAUUUCGCUGCACGAUCAUCUUUUGCAGGCAGCCUUCAAGAAGUUCGACGUGGACAGCUCUGGGUACAUCACCGCCUCCAACCUGCGUGACGUCCUUGGAGAGACCUGGGAAGGGGAACAGGUGGAGAAGCUGCUGGCCGAGGCGGACAUCCUGAAGGACAACCGCAUCAGCUACGAGGAGUUCAAGUCGUAUCUCCGUGGCGAUCCCAUGAGCGUCCACCAGGAGCUUGCCACACAGGUGAUUGACAUCGAGCUCUCGAAGCAGAGCAAGGAGAGGCGAACCAGCAUCAGAGGCCGGCACGCCGCGGACAUGGCGAUGUCGCAGUCGACGGAUCUCGCCCUCCAACCCGCCAAUGGGGUGGCAGGCGGCAAUCCUCUGGUCCACCAGCUCUCCGAGGCGAUGCUGAAGCCAGAGCUGUGCUGUGCUCUGUCCUGA